AUGUCUUAUCUUAGCAGGAUGGUUGUUAUUUCUGUAGUAAAGCGUCAGUUGUUUAUCCAUGGGGUGUAUGUUUUACUGAUAUUUUGGAGUGGUGUUAGUGCAUCAAGUAGUGAAUCCGGGUUAAACUUACCAGACGUGUCAAAUACAGCAGCUCAAAUAGCUUUCCCAAGUUCAACCGAGAUAACCAAGACCUUGAAUGGGCUUGGGUUUGAGUUUUCCGAUGUAUCUGAAAACAUUGAGGUUAUACCUUAUCGUCCGACCCGGCCAAUUGAACAGCCGGCUGACUUAAAUUCAGGGCCAGACCGUUUUAAUCCAAAAACAAACGUCCCCAAAUACAGCAUAGAUUGUUCAAAAGGAUCACUCAUGUUUAAGAUGAUAAACUACACAAGUAUUGAGCAGGCCGAGGAAACCUUAUAUCUGUUGAGAGAGAUUGCCUUUAUUAGAGUUAUCACUGUCCAGGUUUGUGCGCAAUGGCAUGGUACAGACUUACAUGUGAUAAAGAUACAGAUUCUGAGCCGAGUCAUCAAUAUGUUUGAUUGCGUUGUGCUGGAGAUUGCGGUAAAGAUUGAGGGAAUAAGUGAAAUGUAUGUCCACACAACUAAUCAGUUUGCCAUUCUGGCCGAAGUCGAAAACACAGCUCAGCAUGUUAACUAUAUCACAAAGUGCCAGCUAAACAUCGCAACAGAAAUAGAUGGCAGUUUUUGGAAUAUGAUCAACUUUGGAGCUAUUCUAUGGCGGCCAAUUUCGACAGUUAUACUGAACGAUGAUGACCUAUGUAACAUACGUCUCCUUAACCAUUUAGUAUUUGAAAAAGACUACGCUAUUAGUGUUCAGAUUUAUAGAGAGGAGUGUAACAUUGAUUUCCACUUUAUCAAGCACAGCAUGUUUCGAUGUGGCAAGAUCACUAUCACGAGUUACCGUCAAGAUAAUAAGAUAACAAUAUCUGGCCUUGAGCAUGCCAGGGAAUGGCAUCAUACUAUAAAGCUGGAGACAAGCUGGGCCGUUUUUCAAUACCUGUGCAAGCACAAUCCAGUCCCAAUUCACAUUGCUACGUUCGUAUGUUUGGAGUUCGACACCGAAUCAGCCCAGGAAAUAACUGCCGCCUCUCAAAUAACAACAAAACCCCCAGCUUGUAUCUUUGCGCAUCGGAUUAUUUCCAAGCUCGGGAUUAGGGAGCCUUGCAAGGAACAGAGUUACUACAUCAAUCUAUACACCAAAUCGGCCUAUGCGGCUAUGGGCCUUUCAGUUCAUAGGGUUCAGUUCUGUUAUAACCCCAAGCGAUCCGAUUUAUAUGACACCAUGCACCUGUUUGUCAAAAUCGGAGCAUUGAAUGCACUGCCGGAGGCUAUUAAGACGGGCGAUGUUGCUUGUAUAGGCCAAGAAAUAUAUAAAGGUGGGUGGAAGAUUCAAAACCCGCUUAUAAUUCAACUCUAUAAUCCUCAGCUAAAUAACGAAAUCGAGACAUACAAGAAGAAAUAUACCUUCUUCUGCCAGAAUAUAUGCUACAUAGCCAUCAAGAUUAUUGGGAGUAAAAUUCCAAAUCCAGACCAGGUAGACAGGUGCCUAGAACUUCUAUUGUUAUUUCGAAACAUUAAUGUCGAAGGACUUAAGAUCAUAAAUGUGCGCAGUGAUAGCCAAACAACAACCAAUUUUGAUGGGAGCACUUUACGACAAGAAGCCGCUAAGAUGCCCAAAUACCAUAUCCAAGGUCCUGCAAUAUUAAUCUUAUCCAACGUUGAUGAGCGGAUUCUUUAUUGGAUGUUAGGAAGGUAUAUCUUUGAUACGCCCACAAACAUAUAUAUUUUGAACCAACACUUCAGGAAUCUGGCCAUUGCCGAGGUUGCCUCUCUUUCAAGUGCCGCCCAACUCCAACUCCUCACUAUAAACAAUCUCGCUGGACUGGUUGAGAUAGUGUCAGACAGAGACCAAAGUCAAAGCAGUGGCUUCUCGCUGUUUAAACGUAUCAAAGAAGCAAGCCAGACACCCAACUUACUUAAAUCACUUAAUCUACACAAACUAGCACUGCAUGCCGAUACCAUUGAUCUUUCUCUUUAUGAUAAAGCCAUCCGCAAGCUUUUAGACUACAACGUUCAACUUGUAUCUAUGCCGUUUAAUUAUUAUCGAAGACUCAUGGUCGAGUAUUACAAGGGCAACCCCAUAACCAACACAACGCUUACCCUUUAUACAGUCAAGUUAUCCACUAUAGAGACUGAGCUCGCCCAUCACCAACCUAAUAGCCCAAUACAAUCAUCCGACCAAGUACAAUUCGUUAAGACAUUAACGCUACUCUUUAGGGAUAGAAAGCCGGUAGUUGAAGCGGAUAUAGUAACGACUGUCCGAUGGGCAGCCUGUUACUUUAAAAACUUAAUCGCUUUUCGGCUGGGUAAUAUUGAUAUCUCAGAAAAUGAGCGCAAGACUAUAAUUGCGCGAGACUAUUUAGUUAAUGACUUGAAUUUACUCCGCUCUAUUCAACUAGAAAGCAUUGUUGCCAAGAACCGACUGGACUUUUUAACAAUAAGGCCAUACCGUACUAGUUUACUGUGCAUGUCCCACCAUUCUUCGACCAACUUUAUCGUCCUCCCAUACACAAUGAUUUCUCGGCUCGUUAUAAACACCAAACUACUUGACAACAUCGUAUCUAACCAACAUAUCUCCGCAGCAACCCGUCUUGGUAUCACUAGGUAUCUUGAUUUGCACGGCACCGCCAUCAAUUGCCCAGUUUGUGGUCGAGAGUUUUAUCAACCCCAGAGUGAAGUGGAUGGCACUAGUCCAUUUGAUAAAUUCGAUCACGAGAACAACUUCGUCGCCCUUUGCCAUUUCAGUUGCGGCCACCCGGUCUGUCAUACCUGUGUGGACAAGCUUAGCCCCAGAAAUAGAUGUCCAAUCUGCCGCUACGAACAAAAGACGAUAGACUUCAACCAACUGAUCGGCAUACCCCUAGCUAACUUUGCCGUUGCUAAAGACAACACCACAAGAACCAUCACCGAUAGUAGCUGGUACAGAAGUAAAGUAGAAGGAGAUGGAUUUGUUUAUUUCUAUCUAAGAAAUCAAAGUGCAUGCGCUCUUUCUGUCGAUCUUAGGAAAGAGACCUCCUAUAAUACCUCCGAAAAGGUCUACGUUAUCUAA